AUGGUAGCACAAGUGGUAGCUAAAGCCAUCCUCUUCUCUCAGGCCGCUGCGGAGGAUCUGCUGUUCAGCGGGCAGACUCUUUUUGCAGGUCGGUUCAAAGAGAAUGGGCCUUACAAGCUCAUCAUGCAGUACAACUGCAACCUUGUGCUUUACAUCAACGGAAACCGGGCGCUGUGGGCUUCCGGCACCGCCGGAAAAGGCUCCAACUGUAGUGCAACUGUGCAACCCUACAGAGAGACGCCAACUUUUGUCUACCCAGGAACUAAUGCUCGUUGGGCAAGUGGGACGGCAAGUGGGCAGUCCAAUUACGUUCUGAUAGUACAGUAUGACAGGAAUGUGGUGAUCUACAAGUCCUUUCCUUGCGUCAUGAGUUUUAGGACCUUCAAAGUCCUUGAUGUGUGGCCUGAAAAGUGA